CUGAAACUGCACUGUCUCUUGCGGUAAGAAGCCUAAAUAAAAUAACACGUUUUUGGUACGACAUUUUACAGAAAAUGCAUGGAAAUAUGUGUUUGUAGCCUAAUUUAUUAACGAAUGUUUAUUUUUUAUUGAACAAAAGUUACAGCACUUUACAAAACUCACUAUAGAAGUAGAAACCCAUUUAAUUGUACAUCUUGUAUCACUAGAUCCAGAAUAAUAGCCUCCUUAUCCAGUCUAUAAGUUAGAUUCUAUUGACCUUGUUUUGUUGAAGUCAAAACUACUAUUGCAAUGUCACUCUGCAGACGUCAUAUCUCAUUUGCAGCAUAGGCUACGAGAUUUAGUUCAUUUCACCCAGACUUUCUAUUUAUAGUAGGCCUAUAAAUUGUGGAACCGGUUGACCAUCAUAUUUCAUUGCAUCUUUUUCAUUUUAUCUAAAGCAUAAUAGGCCAUAUCAAUACUUAUAUUAAGGUUUUAUUAUUUCCAUAAAUAAUAAUAAAAUCAUACUUUGAGAUGGGCGAGUGGAAACGUCAGGACUGAUGGAUGACACGAUGAACUCUGCCGCAAGCGGCGCUGCGGAUUUUCCAGUGGCAGCAUCAGACAAUAGCACAGCGAGGCUGCAUCGGGCUCCCUCGCCGACCAAAAGCCGGGAAUGCGCCCCAAAACCGGCCCAGAAAUCCUCCAGUAGAUCCAAAAAUAUAGUUUCCAAAGGAGGAUCGAGGAAUAAGGUGGGAAACGAGGGGCUUAGGACCGCUGUCGUGAGGGAGAAGGAGAUCAAGAAAUGCGACGUGGAAGCUUUUCACUCGGAUGGUGCUGAAACCGAUGCUGUCAAUUGCAAUGCAAAGAAGGCGGAUGCUAGCAGAGAGGAAGGUACGGAGGAGAUAUUUCACCAGCCGAUAGAUUCUCAAACCCGUCGUUCCUCGUUACGUUUAUCCUGCCUCAAAGGCGAGUCUUCCCAACAUAUUGGGUCAUACCGGCCAGACGGCUCCAGCACGGCGGGUUCGGUGAAAGGGAAAGCGAAGAAGCGGGGAGGGGAGGCAGUGACCGCAUCAGCAGGCUGCCGCAGGAAUAGAAGCGGGGAAUACGUGGGCUGCGUGCCGGGCCUUGGUCUGUGGAGCGGGGGUUGCUUGCAGACUGAACUCAUCCACUUCCACCUACAUAAGAAACUGAAGAGAAGCGGCAGUAAGAUGCACACCAAGGCAGAAAGGGCUCCGGGCGCGGAGGCCUCGGCCGAGACGGAACCGGCUACAGAGGCCAUAGAGGCGGAGCCCGUGACACAGCAAGACGAGGGCCCGGAGGACGAGCUGGAGAGACUGGUGGAUGAGAAUGAAGAUCUCAAGACGGAGAUCGAGGAGAUGAGAACGGAGAUGGACGAGAUGCGUGACACUUUCUACGAGGAGGACACGUGCCAGCUGCAGGAAAUGAGGCGUGAACUGGAGCGAGCCAAUAAGAACUGCCGGAUCCUCCAGUACCGGCUGAGGAAGGCUGAGAGGAAGAAGCUGCGCUAUGCCCAGACGGGAGAGAUCGACGAGGAACUACUGAGGAGCCUGGAGCAGGACCUGAAGGUAGCGAAGGAUGUGUCUGUGAGGCUCCACCAUGAGCUGGAGAAUGUGGAGGAGAAACGUACAAAGACAGAGGACGAGAAUGAGAAACUGAGGCAGAAACUCAUUGAGGUGGAGGUGACCAAACAGGCCCUUCAGAAUGAGCUGGACAAAGUCAAAGAGUCACAGAAGAGAAGAGGAAGCAAGGAGGUUCAACGGUCUGACAAGAAGUCUGCCCAGACCCCAACAGAGGACCACAAUGAGGACCUCAAGUGCCAGCUGGCUUUCAUCAAAGAGGAGGCUGUGUUGAUGAGAAAGAAGACAGCUAAGAUCGACAAGGAAAAGGACCGUCUGGAGGCGGAGCUACAGAAGUACCGCUCCUUCUACGGGGAUCUAGACAGCCCCCACCCCAAGGGUGAGGCCGGGGGACCCCCCAGCACCCGUGAGUCCGAGCUGAAGCUGCGUCUGCGUCUGGUGGAGGAGGAGGCUAACAUCCUAGGGAGAAAGAUUGUGGAGCUGGAGGUGGAGAACCGGGGACUGAGGGCCGAGCUGGACGACCUCAGGGGAGAAGGGGAGGGAGAAGGGGGGUCUGGUGGUGGGGCUGUGGGCAGGGUAGGGGUGGGCCGGGGCCAUGGGGAGGCCAUGACAGAGCUGAGGCAGCAGCUGCAGCUGGUGGAGGACGAGGCAGAGUUACUGAGGAGGAACCUGGCAGACGCUGAGGAUCACAACAAGAGGGUGAUGGGAGAACUCAACAAGCUCAGGUUUAAGGCUGGUACCCACGAGGGAGGAGCGAGGCAUGGAGGAGGGGUGUCAGGAGGAGGAGGACUAAGCACAGAGAAGGCAGAUGCACUGCAGGAAGAACUGAAGACGGCCCGGCUACAGAUUAAUGAUCUCAGUGGGAAGGUGAUGCAGCUGCAGUAUGAGAACCGUGUUCUGCUCUCCAACAUGCAGCGCUACGACCUGGCCUCCCACCUGGCCCUGAGGGGGUGCACAAGCCCCCGGGACAGCGAUGCAGACAGUGACGCGGGUGGGACCGGCCCAACCGUACAGCGCGAGAGUGAUGAUGACUCCUCCUCCUCCCGCAUCCUGCCCCCGCACCGCAAACGCGAGGGCCCAGUGGGCGGGGAAAGUGACUCAGAUGAGGUGCGGAACCAAACCCGCUGCCUCACACCCACCCGAGGUCUCUACACACCGCCCCCAGAGGUCGCUGCCCGCUUCCUGCCUCGCAGCCCACGGGAUCGCCAGCAGAUGAUCGACAUCCGGGUGGAGGCGGAGCGUCUUGGCAGGACCAUCGACCGGUUAAUUGCCGACACAGCAACCAUCAUCGCAGAGGCGCGGGUGUAUGUUUCCAAUGGUGACCUGUACGGGCGAGGCAGCGGGGGUGAGGAGGAGGAUGAAGGGGGUAGGAUCAGGGAGCAUGAGCUGCUGUACAGGAUCAAUGCCCAGAUGAAGGCCUUCAGGAAGGAGCUACAGGGCUUCAUAGACAGACUGGAGGUGCCCAAACCUGAGGACAGGGAGGAGGAACCACUUUCAAUCUUUCAGCCCAUAAUUUUACUCAUCCUCAUACUAGUCUUAUUCUCCUCCCUCUCCUAUGCCACCAUCUUUAAACUUGUCUUUCUGUUUACCCUUUUCUUCGUCCUGUGAUCCCGCCUCAAUAGCAUAGCCACAUCCUUUGUUUGUUUGUUUGUGUUGAUUUUUACAUUGGUUGUCAAGGUCAAUGCACAGGAGCCUCCCUAUUCAAGCACAGGCCACAGUCACAUAACUGGAUUUACAGUAUGCUUAUGUUCAACACUGGAGACUACAUUACCCACUACCCACCACUUCCUUCAUCACCCCCAAGUA